UGUUGCACUCAGUAUAAAGGCAAGAUUGUGAUCACAGAUUUAGAAACAGCAGAUACGUUGCCUUAUGCUGGACCAGUCAACACACAGGGGUAAACAUGUCGAAUCAAAUGGUAGUCAUUCAGCCACAGCCUGUCAUGAUCUCUAGAGAUUCUGAUCAGUGGGGGUCUGGUAUCUGUGACUGUUGCGACAAUGUGCCUGAAUGUUGCUUUGCUUACUGGUGUUUCUGGUGUUUCACGUGCAUCAAAGCAAAGAAAUAUGGUGAAUGUUUAUGUCUCCCUCUCCUGGAUUUAUGUGGUUGCGUCCCACCCAUAACCAUGUCCAUGAGGGUCUCGAUGCGCCAGCGUUACGGCAUUAGGGGAGACAUGUGUAAUGACUGCUUGUUGGCCACGUUCUGCAGAGCUUGCGUUUGGUGUCAGAUGUCACGGGAGAUGAAAGCAAGAAAUCUACAGAUCACUCUUGUUGGUGCCAGGAACCUGUAAUUAGUUUUGAAGCGGCUGUGCUGUUGUGUGAAAUGAUAAGAAUCGUAAAACACUGAAAAGCAGAUAUAUACACUGUUAAAAAUGAACACGCUUGAACGGUCCUUCGUCGCAGAAGAACCAUUUUUGGUUCCGCAGAGAACCUUUCAGGCAAAGGUUUUUUUAAAGAACUAUCUCUUCCUCGGGUUUUUUAGAAUCUGAAAAGCCUUCUUUCGCCCACAAAGAAACUUUUGUGAAACAAAAAGGUUCUUUCGAACGUUGAAGGUUCUUUAUAAAACCAUCUAGACGGAAAAAAAUUAUGUAAAAAAUGAAAGGUUCUUCUAUGGGAUUGUGAAGCACCAUUAUUUAAGUGUAUAUAUAUUUAUUAAUAUCUCAUUAACGGAAUAUCAUCGAACUGAAUAAUGUUAUAUUACACUUUUCGACUAAAUGUGACGUCUGUGUUUUUGUAUCUUUAAUGUAAGUUACUCAUUUUCUAAUCAGCAGCAUCAAUAUAUCAAUAUCAGGGCUGUUGUGUCAAUAGUGAAUGUACUUUUCUGUUUUUGAUUUAUAAACUUCAUUAAAGCAACACAGAAAUUAAUACUCAUUUACAAAAAGGAAGAGUUUCAAUUUAAGCAUGAAGCAAGAAACUUUUUCUUUUUUGUCUUUAUUUUAAAUCAAAACUUAUAGACUGAAAUCUUUAAUAUCUUCUACUUCUGUUGUUACGCAAUACAUUAUUGAUCAUUUUCUUUGACACGUUCCUGUUCCUGCCUCUGGAAGGGUGUGUUUGCACUUUGCAUAUUUGCUCGGACACGUAUAGUAAAAAUUCCUGUAGUCUAGGAUAUGCAUUUCUGUUUUGUUUGAUGCAGCCAAUUGCUUAUGACUCUUAUUCUAUUAUUAGCAGGAGAGGAUAUAACUUCUUACAACUUAUAUUAGAUGUUUGACACAUAAUGCAGGACGUUAUUGGCAUUUUAGAAGUUAGAAGGCAUUUUACAGAAAGAAAGAAAGAAAGAAAGAAAGAAAGGCUGCCAGGUGACGGCAUACUUGCAAAACAACAUACUUGCAAAAAUAGCAUCAAGGUACGUCACAGACGUUUCUUAACCUUUUCUCUGUGGCUACGCGGGUUUGUUGCAUGAAAGCCUGCAAGUAAAAGAGUAGCAUGAUAGAUGAAAUAAUAAAUUCAUAUCAUUCCUAAGAUAUAAAAUUGCAACUGCAGGCCAAAAUAAAAGGUUACACAUAAAACACAUUUUAAAAUUAUGUUCAACAAUAGUUAGUGUUUGAAAUGGGUACGGCAAAGGCAUUCCGCCCCACAACAUUUUAGAAUUUUAGAAUAGAAUGACUGGCUAUAGCAUUAUUUUUUUAGAGAAACAGCUUCGUAAACACACUGUGAAAAAAUCAUGGUGAAGAAAAUGCUACAUAAAAACAAGCUACAUUUCUACAUUAAAUAAUUUAGUUCAGACAGGAAUUAAAACAUUAAAGUAAUUUCUACACUAGAGCUCAAUUUAAACUUGUAGAAAUUAAAGUUUAACUUAUAAGUAUAAUUGUUUGUUACAUUUAUAAGUAUUCUUUAAGUGAAUAUCAAAGUUAGAAUCCAGUUUUUUCACAGUAUUUGUGUUGUAUUUACAUUGUUUUAUGAGUACUUAUUGUUUUUAUGAUGUUGGCGAAUCAGAGUUAAUUUCCAUAGUAAGCAUUAAUUAAGUAAAAUAUACAAGCAAAGAGUUAAUAAAAUUGACAGGGAAUCCCUUUUACUCUUUUGUGAAUUCUCCAGCCUUGAAUUCUUACAUACGGCACCUUUAAAUGCCAAGGCAAGCCAAUCAAACCUUGGCCCUGUACUCUUUGAUUGAACAAUAGCUCCGCCCACCACUUCCUUCAUAUUAAUGAUCGUGGAGGAGGAGGGAGUGAACUAUACUGACUGGGUUUUUGUGAGUGUGCCAGUAUAAGCGGUUAAAUUUCUUGUUAAUCUUACUCUGGAAUUUACUAGAGACAGGUAAACAACGUGGCGCAUUUUCACAAUUGCCAUGAAACAAGUUAGAUCUUCGGUAUUAGAUAUUUUGUAUUGCAGUCUGCUGUCCUUAAGACAUGUAAUAGAAUAUUUUAGACUUUAAUCUCUUACUUUUAUCUGCACAUUUCAUGCUAUAUAGGAUGGAGUAUAGGAAAAAUGCCCUACUUAAUUUGUUAGUUCGCCCAAAAAUGUAAAAAUUGUCAAUAAAUGGUUAGUUCACCCGAAAAUGUAAAUUUUACUCACCUUUUAAGCAGGUGUAUGUGACUUUCUACUUUCAGAUGAAUCUAAUCGGAGUUGUAAUAAAAAUUUUCCUGGCCCCUCCGAGCCUUUCAAUAGGGAUAAACGGGUGUUUGCUGUGUACAGUUCAGAAGACAGGAAAUAAAGUGCACGUAUUUGUAAUAAAACAUCCUUCACACGGCUCUCAGGGCUAAAAAGGGCCUCCUGUAGCAAAUCCAUGCCUUUUAUAAGAUAAAUAUCCAUAUUUCAAAUGUAUUAUAGACUCACUUUUAUUGACUGGGACUGUGUCUGUUGAUAUGCAGGAGCAAAGAAAACAAUGUUUUAUUUGUACCAAGGGGGCGUUUUGGGUAAAAUGGCCAUUAGUCUGACAGUGCAGGCAGUUUUAGCUUGAAAUAAA